CAACAAAAUCAGGCUGGUCCGACCCUGCCCGCCUGUCCGGGGCAGGUAUGGGACUGGAGCGGGAUACAGGAGCCGCGCUCGGGCUUUCGCGGUCUGGUUAAAGUGGUCGACUUUGUCUUGCGGUCCAUGAGGACGCACCAUGGCUAAGCAGUAUGAUGUGCUCUUCAGACUGCUGCUGAUCGGAGACUCCGGGGUGGGGAAGACUUGUCUGCUCUGCCGCUUCACCGACAACCAAUUCCACGCUUCACACAUCUCCACUAUAGGCGUUGACUUCAAAAUGAAGACAAUAGAUGUGGACGGAAUCAAGGUGCGAAUACAGAUUUGGGACACUGCGGGGCAGGAGCGAUACCAGACUAUCACAAAACAGUACUACCGACGAGCCCAGGGAAUCUUUCUGGUGUAUGAUAUUACAAGUGAACGCUCCUUUCAACAUAUUAUGAAGUGGGCCAGCGAUGUUGAUGAGUAUGCACCUGAAGGUGUUCAGAAAAUUCUCAUAGCCAACAAAGCUGAUGAGGAACAGAAAAGGCAAGUGGGUGCAGAACAAGGUAAAAAACUUGCAAAAGAAUAUGGAAUGGACUUCUUCGAAACAAGUGCCUGCACCAAUUAUAACAUUAAAGAGUCAUUUACUAGACUGACAGAACUAGUGUUACAGGCCCAUAAGAAGGAGCUUGAUGGACUUCGACUAUCAACCCCUGGUGAGCUUGGUAUAGCUGAUUUAGAGGAGGAUGACAGCAAAACUGAAGGGAUGGAUAACUCACAGAAAGCUUGCUGGUGCUAGAAACGUAGCAAGACAAAAUCCAGUUCAGCGGUCUGAAUCAUGCCUCAAGAAUUCAAGACCUGGUUGCCUGCUGCUAUUUUGUGCCACCUUAAAUGUUCACCUGAAUCCUGCAUCUCUCCUGAAUUGGACUAAUUCUUCCAGUUGAUUCCAGUAGGUGUUGUAUUUUUGUCCCAGCUCUGUGGCUCAACCACUUCUUGGACUAGUGCAUUUUGUACAGUUACUGUGCUGUGAAUUCGUGUUCAGGUGCUCAACUGAUGGUUCAGUAGCCCAGUUUCUACAAGACUGCUAUUUUCAGUAUUUGUUUUGUAUGUGAGCAGCCCUUCCAGAAAACGUGUGUCACUGUUGGUUUCACAAUUAGUUAUGUAUCACAACAGUUUCCUGGAACUCCCCCAUUUAUGUAAUUAGUAAUUAGUUUCUUCAGAAUGCUUUAAAUAUACUUUUGGCCAAGCUCACUAAAAGUGCUCAAUUGUCAUGUUGCUGCCCAAUUAAGAAUUUUUGAACCCAGCAUGUCUAUUUACAUCUUACUCUAUUUAGAUAUCCAACUAAAGCUUGAGGUUAUGACGUUUGCAACAGGACAAUGUUAUUUGCAGACACUGUCAAAAGGUGAUUUUGCCAAUUUAGAUUUUUAUAUCUUGAAAGGCCCUCAUGAAAUGAACAAUUAUCUCCCCUGCUUAUUUUUUUAAGUCUCACGCUGUCCUGCUGGAUUAUUGACCUGAAUGAGGUUUUGGCAUCAUAUUGUUUUCAUUUGUGCUUAUAUUUUUGUCAUUUGAUCCAAAGAUUUUCAGUCUUCACUGGAGAUCUUAAAAUUGGUAGAUGCUUGUUGCUUGGGCUAAAUAGGUGACUGAUACACCUUUCUCUCAUAUAUCACCAUUGACUUUCCAACAUUAACCAUGCCAGAAACAGAAAACUAAAUAAAUUAUUUUCUAAGGGACAACUGUAUAACUGAACCAAUAAUUCAGUCCAUUCAAAUUCUCUCCCUUUUCAAGUUUUAUUUUUGCGGUUCUUGUGAAAUUAAGUGAAUUUUUUUGCACUUUAUAAAGCUUUGAAUACUGAAGAACUGUUAUAAAAUUGAAUAGUUAGAAUUUUCAAAGCUGAAUAUUCUGUGCAUUGAGUUCUAUAAUUCAAACUGCUUUGUGAAUUCCCUCUUAUUGGCAUCACAAAUUUCCAAGAAUAAAAUCUCUUUUGCAGCAGUGCAACAGUGGAGAUAGACUUUGGUGUUUUAAAGAAAAAGGUAAAAAUUUCUAUCAAUCACUAAUCACUAAUUAAACUGUACUCGCAGAGAUUGCAUGUUUGAUUAGUGCCCAUGCAAUUUUGCUGACAGCUCAAUAUUUCUGAAGAAAACGAGGCAUUCUCCUGUUUUCCAUUAAAGUCGGGAUUUGGAGUCAUGAGUGAUAUGCUACUGCAGGGUGCCAAUGUUAACAUUCCUCAUAACUGUGAACACCAAUGUUCAGUUGAUGGUCUGUAUAAAUUGCUUUCCUCUCAGUGUAAGAAUGCAAUGUUCAUGAUAAAGGUUGAACUAAUUCUGUGGUUUACUGAAAUUUGGCUAUUUGUUUGAGCCUGAUGUUUUGAAUAUUUGUGCAUUUAGCUCGUUUGUAUGUAGAGGCACCGGACCCCGUGUCCGGGAAGCUCAGGACCAGAUGCGUGCCGGAUUUGGGGAUUUCAUGGAUUUUGCAUCCUAAGCCUAGCAAGUACUUAUAAUACAUAAAGUAUGAAAAUGAAGAAUAAAAGGGUUUUAUUCAAAUUGCUACCCAGAGCACCAGCUUCGAACAUAGCCGGUUUUCGGGUCCUUCCUGAUUUUGAGACAAUGGAUAAGGGAUCUGGUACUGUAUGUAUGAAUGCAUCAACUUCCCAAUGUUCUUCACCCUACUUGGAAGAGUCAAAUGAAAGAGAUAUGUUGAGUUAAAGCAUCUUAAUUUUCUUAAGUUGCUAUAUUUGUGAAGGAAAAUGUACAAUUUGACUUGAAUGAAUUAUAAUUACCUGCUGUUGAAAACCAUGAUUUUAUUCACAGAUGUUUACAAAUAAAGUUCAUCAAGGGUU